AUUCCUUGUGGACAUAUCUCUAGAUAACACGCGUUUAUUGGCCUAGUUCUUCCCUGCGUACUUGGUCUGAGUGUGCUAAGUGUAGGGGUAUAUAAAGCAGUGGACGUCGACGAGUCCUGUUAUCCCCAAGUUACACCUGCAUACCACACGAACACGGACUACAUUUCUUACGAUGUCUGACGAUUCCGCCUACUUCAACGAGUUUUCGAAGUUGCCGAGGGACCUCGUACCUACCAGUAUGCAGGUCAUGAAAUUCAGCGGCCGCUACGUCCACCUGGAAAAUGGCGAAGAGAAGAAGUGGUUCGACUGGGAGAAUUUCCACAACGCGAUUAACAACUACAAGGGCGACGACCUCACCUUCGACAAGUUUAAGAGCAACAAGAUCAACCAGCAGACUGCGACCAUUUCUACCAUGGUCGACAAAAUCGUGACCUUCCUGCGUGACGCGCUGAGUGUGGUGCUCUCCGCUAAAGAUAUCACCGCCCUCACGGCCAACAUCACGACUACGUUCACGAACCUCAAAGAGGCGAAGGACAACGGAUGGGCGGACUUCUCCAAGUCCAGCUCCGCGGAGAACUCGUCCUGGGAGUACCGCGUGCUGUUCGCCUUUCCGAAUCCGGAUCUGCCGGACUUCUUCUACAGCCUGGUGACGACCAUCAAGCUCGAGGCGGACAUCAAGGAGGAGUCGAGCUGGUGGGGGCUGCAGAGCAGCACCUCGAAGAACUUCUCCAGCGCGAUCGAUGCCAUGGAGCUCGUCGUCAUGAAGGGCUUCAGGGAUCCGUCGAACAACUGAAGUUGAACAACCAGCUGACUACGUCCGCCGAUGUCUUUCCAUGUAGUAUUAGCCGCGCGUUGUAAAGUUGGAGUUCCUCGAAUGAACUCCCAAAUGCCAUGAAUGCGAAAUUGAGCAGUUUUCGGAGCGCACCUCUGAGUCGUCGUAGCCCUUGUGGCUUCGUCGCUAAAUGG